AUGCUCAAAGCCACGAGGAAGCCAGCGGACCCAUAUAAAUCGAAGCUGAAAGUUAGUGCCAGCCACAGUGGACCGCAUCCACUGCCCGCCGAGGUGACGGGGGCGGAGGAGCAGCAGGCCGCCACUUUUGGCCAGACAUCCCCCCAAAAGCUCAGCCUGAAGGGCAGCCAACUUGGGGGCAGCAUCUUGAUUGGCAACUACAACUACUUGACCCAGCUGGAAGUAUGCGAAAACGAAAUGGAGGUCUUGGACCUCAGUUCGCUCGCUCAACUGGAGACGCUAAAGUGCAGCCGGAACAAGCUGAUGGAACUGAUCAUCAAUGCCACCAAUUUGCAGACACUUGUAGCCGACCAUAAUUACCUGCACAUCAUAUCCACAACGAAUACCCAUCCAGUUCCGCUGAAAUUGCAGCGCAUCGACAUCUCUCACAAUAACUUCAGUGAGCUGCCCAACUGGGUCGGAGCGUGUGCCUCCUUGACCUCCUUGGAUGCUUCACACAAUCGCCUUAACACUGUGGCAGGACUGUUACGCAACUACAGGAUAACUGAUCUGGUGUCCUUAGAUCUGGCAUACAACGAUUUGAAGCACCUGGACCAAAUUCCGGAGGGAUUCUCCAGCAUCCGGAGUCUGCUGUUGCAGAGUAAUGAGUUACCAAAUCUGCCAGACAACUUUUUUGCAGUAACCCACGCCCGUCUGGAAACGCUGAAUGUCUCCUGCAACAAGUUGUCCACCUUGCCACGCUACGAGCAGAAUAACCAUGCUGCGCUGGUGAAUCUAUCGCUCGCGGGGAAUCACCUGAAUGAUAGCAUCUUUGAGCCGUUGCACAAUGCCGCCAAGUUGAGAGUUCUGCAUCUUGCCUACAAUCGCAUCGGGGUCCUGCCCGCCGCCUGUGUUCGCAACUGGCCGGAACUUGAGAUCCUUGUUUUGUCUGGUAAUAUGCUGCAACAACUGCCGGAGGAGGUGGCUACUCUCGGUCAGCUCAGGGUGCUUCGCUGCUGCAACAACCUGCUCCUCUGCACCCCACAACUGGCGAAGUUGGCCAUGCUGAAGGUCCUUGAUCUCUCGCACAAUCACUUGGAUCGCGUUAAUCUGCUGGCCCUGGUUCCAUCAAGGAAUCUGAAGUACCUGGAUCUAUCAGGGAACUUACAGUUGCAGGUGGACGAGCAACAGUUUAAGGUUUGUCAGACUCAGAGCCAGCGUCAUUGGAGCCUAAUUGACGUCUCUGGAAACAAUAGAGCUGCUUUGCCCACAACCAAGCUCCGACAGGUGAGUGCCCAACGGAAUCAGAAUAAGUCGACUGGGCCCUGGACCAUGGGCUUUGCAGAAACUCCGGGUUCCGGUGACUGCCGGAAGCUCUCAGUUUACCAACUGAGGGCUGCAAACUACGGGGGAUCUGAUGAAGCUCUAUACGGGAUGUUCGAGGCAAUGGAAGGAAGCGGGCGGGCCGCCCAGGAGAUGGCCAAUUUAGUGCCCGAUCUGAUGAAGCAGGAACAGAUGGUCAAGGACUCGGCGGUCAGGGAUUACAUAAAGUUUACCCUGCUGGCGGCGCAGCAGCAAUGUGGCAGUGUGCGGAGUGCCGCCUUAUUCCAUCUGACCAGGACACGGGCUCCUUCAAAAGUAAGACCACUGAAGAGUAAGCGAUACGUCCUACGCAUGGCAAGCACAGGAGGCCUGGACGCCUAUCUGAUCCGACGCACCUCCCAGUUGCGGCUUACCAAAUCGGAAGUCAUUCAAAAGGAUCAGAUCCAUUCCAUGCCAGAUCCACAUGUGCUAGAGCUCAUUCUCAGCAACGACGACGAGUACUUGGUGGUGGGCAAUGAUCAGCUCUGGUCGGUGAUGGAUAUUGAUCGUGCUGCCCGAGAGAUCCGAAAGGAGGAGAAUUCCCUGCUUGCGGCCAAGCGACUGGUGGACAUUGCUCAAAGCCUUGCUGCGGCAGAGAAUCUCAGUGUAAUAGUGGUUCGUUUUCGCCAUCUCGGUACGGAUGUGGAUCACCUGAUACGGGAGCUGAAACAAAGUGUGCGCAAGAAGCCCCAGUUGGUUUCCUUACCAUUGUCCAGUGGAUCGGUUUGUAAACGCACGUGCUGCGACCGGAGCAACGCCUGUCGCCACCGAGCUAUUGAACAAGAACCACUGGCGGGACGAUCCUCGCCAAGUGGAGAGAGUGAUCGGGACCUGCUGGCCAAGGAUAAGGACGAUGAGUUUGUCCUAGCCCAUGCCCGUGUUUUGCAGGAGGAGCAACAGCUGGAGAUGCUGGAUGAAACAGAGUCAGUUUCAGAAUCAGUGCUUUCAGAGGAGCAGUUCAAGUGCUGGGAGUACAUGCUGGAACAGAACACCCAGCUGUUGUUCGAUAAGGAGCUAAACACCAUCUCCAAGUCUUUCACGAAACAGCGUACCGUUCCCAAUGCCAUCAUGGCAGCUGCGGUUAUUCCAGAACGGAACGACUUUACCUCGAAUCUGAUGCGCAGUGUCACCAACAAGUUCAUCUCGACCAGCACUCCCCAAUUACCCCAACCCAUACCGACUUCUGCUGCCCUGGGCUCAUAUCAUCAGGUGAGGCAAACGCCUCCUGGGCACUUUGGCAGUGCCCUCUCCUUUCAGCAGGCCCACAGCUACGGAUAUAACCUGUUUGAUGCCAAGCCCCGGCCCAAGUUUCACGGAGGUACCGUAAAGCGGUCCGGAGGAACAAAUUCAGCCUACUUCGGAUCCCUUCAGCGCCUGAUGCCCUACAAUUUUGAGUACGACUUUGCCGUUACCCAGGAGCGGGAGAGGAACAUUCUGGACGAGGAGGAACACGACGAUGAUGACUUCAACGAGCACGAGAGUAGAAUGCGAAAGUACUGGGGGGUGGCCACGACGGAACUUUAGCUUAAUGUUGAUUUUUA